GGUGCUGUUCUGUAGUGCUGAACGGAGUGGUGGUUGGAGCGGGAAAGGUGGCUAGUUAACUUAAUAUUGAGUAUAACCUUAUAUUUCCACGUGAAAUGCACAAUUACAGGAGUGUUUGUUUAUAAUAUGAUGACACACAUAUAGUAAGGUAUAUAGCCUGACAGUGAAUCAAGAAGACUUCAGGUUGAACUAGGAAUGACGCCAGUGAAGGAGGGCAUGCCCUCUCUCAUCGACAGGACGAUGAGGAUGAGGAGAGAGGAACAGGCGCGGAAAGUAGUGCUCGCUUGGGCGGUACUCAACGUUUCUCUCGCCGGCAUGAUCUACACAGAAAUGACGGGGAAACUGCUGAGCCGAUACUAUAACAUUUCCUAUUGGCCCCUCUGGUAUAUAGAGCUUGCUCUCGCCUGUCUGUUCAGCCUCAAUGCCCUGUUUGAUUUUUGGAGAUACUUCAAAUACACCAUGGCCCCCUCCAGCAUUGUGCUCACCCCUGAGCAGCACCGUCUACUUGGCCUCAGGGAUUCUGGUAUCCAGGCUACCCCCCCUCAGAAGCCAGAAAAGAAGGAGAUGCCCGCCCCUGCCCAGUCCUCCCCGCUGCAGGGACAGAGCGUGCUCAGUUACAGCCCCUCCUGGCCCCCCAGCACCAGCCCCAAAUUCUCCCCCAGCUGUGUGACGGGCUACACCCCGCCUCUGCAGAGCCCCUCCCCCCCGGGUAGCGGGGGCUCCUUCUCCUCCCCCGUAACUUACUCCACACCCGGCAGCUUUGGCAAGGUGUUGAACUACAGCCCCUCUCCUAGUUCCUCCCCCUACCCCAGCAGCAUCGGGCCUAUGGAGGGGUCGAGCCUGCGGGCACGGUACCGCACCUCCCCCUCCAUCUUCAGCUCCCCUGGCGGCAAGGACGAUUAUAUGGCCGACCUCAAGACACUGGAGCGAUUUCUCCGCUCCGAAGAGGAGAAGAGCCAGCGCAGUCAACUGGGAAGCCCAGAGUUCGCGUCACCUUCCCACAGUCCCACGUUCUGGAACUACAGCCGCUCGAUGGGUGACUACGCCCAGAGCCUGAGGAAGUUCCAGUACCAGCUGGCCUGUCGCUCGCAGGCCCCCUCUGCACACAAGGACGAGACGGACCUGGGCUCCAAACAGGCUGCGGAGGAGGUGUGGGCCCGCAUCACAACCGGACACCUGGCGGUGGACCGCAUAGACAGCUGGACCGCCAAGCUGAGAAACUGGAUUAAUGACACAAUCCUGGUACCUCUGGUGAAAGAGCUUGAUUCUGUGAACUCCCAGUUGAGGAGAAUGGGUUGUCCUGAGCUGCAGACUGGAGAGGCCAGCAUAAGCAGUCUGAAGCAGGCAGCUGUUGUCAAGGCCUCCUCGAUACCCACUCUCAACGCUAUAGUGCAGUACCUGGACAUCACGCCUAACCAGGAGUACCUUGUUGAGCGAAUAAAAGAGCUGGCCCACAGUGGCUGCAUGAGCUCCUUCCGCUGGAACGGGGGUGGCGACUGGAAGGGCAGGAAGUGGGACACCGACCUGCCGACCGAUUCCGCUAUCCUGAUGCAUGUGGUGUGCACAUACCUGGACUCCCGGCUCCCUCCUCACCCCAAGUACCCCGAUGGAAAGACCUUCACCUCUCAGCACUUCAUCCAAACACCGGACAAACCAGACGUGUCGAACGAGAACCUCUUCUGCAUCCACCAGAGCAGCACCAACCCUCCGCACUACCAGCUCGUAUACCAGGGCCACGUCUACAGCCUCCCCAAGGGUAGAAACAACCUUUUCCACACCGUUCUCAUGUUUCUGUUCAUCAUAAAGACAAAGGAGUCCGGAAUGCUGGGGAGGGUGAAUCUGGGCCUAUCUGGAGUCAACAUUCUGUGGAUAUUUGAAGACUGAUGUACACUGCUUUUGAAGAUGAGAUGAAGAGACCUCACAGCUGAGCAAUGUAGAACUGGACUGUUCUUUCAAAAAUCAAUUUCUCACAAGUAUCUUUUCAAAAAACCAUUGAUAAUACAGUUCCUUUUUGACAAUACACUCUUCUGAAGAAAUCACAGUGUAAGGUGUAUCCUUUAGAACCAACACACAUUAACAUAUAAUCUUCAGAGGUAUGUUUAUUGUCUAUUGUUUAUUGAAGGGUCCUGCAUAUGAACUGCAUAGGACCUUCUGAAGUACUACAUAAUGUCUUCAUAAGCAGGGUAUUAAGAUUCAUGAAUGCUGAUGCCAAUUAACACAGACCAUCAUAAUG